AUGAGCUUUUCGAUGAGCGGUGUCAACGGAUCACCUUUCGGAACUCCCACCAACGAACGACCUCGAGUGAAGCGGGACCAAUCUUCUUUUCGUCCGCAAGUAGCCCCGUCUCCCGGAGGAUAUCAACAGGGAACCGCAACACCGCCUGAGAACGGUUACUUCCCACCCACUGGCAACAUGAAUCCGCAAUACGGUCAGCCGCAGCCGCAGCAGUACCAAGGACAGUACCAGCAACAACAACCACAAUAUCAGGACCAAGGACAAUAUGCGGGCCAACAGGAUGUUGCUGGCCUUACACAACAAAUGGGACAAAUGGGCGUGGAUGGAGGAGUGGCGCAGCCAGCACGAAGGAAAAAGAAGGAUAGACACGCUCACCACGAAUUGGAGGCGCCAGUUGGCGGAGCGCAGAGCUUUGGGGCAGCCCCAUCCGGACAGUACGUGAAUGGGCAGGCACCACAUAUGCAGGGACAAGGAUAUUCAGGUCAGGCCUCAGAUCCUGCGGCACCAUGGCAGCAGACAACACAACCGUGGCAGUCGCAGCAACUUCCUCAGACUGCGGCGCAGAUGCCACAGCAGGGAACGCCAAUUAGUAUGGGCACUGGUCAACAAGGAGCUGUAGCUGGAGGUCCGCAAGGACGAGUGAAUCCCGAGCAGAUUCCCAGUGUGCCGCUUAGUCGAGACAUUGCGGCCGAGUACUACAAGACACACGUAUAUCCCACCAUGGAGCAGCGCUUGCCUCCACCAGCCACAACUCCAAUCGUCGCCUACGAUCAGGGGAACGCUUCGCCGAAGCACGCACGUCUUACUCUGAACUGUAUCCCGAACUCGCAGGAGCAGCUGUCCACCACUGGUCUACCACUCGGACUUGUCGUGCAGCCACUGGCAAAGCUUGCAGAUGGAGAGGCACCAACUCCGGUUCUGGACUUUGGAGAUGUUGGUCCACCUCGGUGCAGACGCUGCAGAGCGUACGUCAACCCGUUCAUGGUCUUCUCCAACGGCGGCAACCGGAUGACGUGCAAUUUAUGUGGCCACCCCAAUGAAGUGUCGGCAGAGUACUUCGCUCCUACCGAUCCUUCCGGGGCGCGAGUGGAUCGCAUGGAUCGUCCUGAACUCAUGCUGGGCUCUUGCGAGUUCUUGGUCCCCAAGGAGUAUUGGUCGAAGGAGCCUGUUGGCAUGCGCUAUCUGUUCUUGAUCGAUGUCAGUGCUGAGAGUUGUACACGCGGGUUCUUGAAAGCUUUUUGCGAUGGAGCUCUAGCCGCGCUAUACGGAGAGAACGUUGACGUCGAGGAGAGCGAGGCGGGCGAAGAUGGCGAGGCGCCUCCCAACCCAAGCAAAAUUCCCCUGGGCGCAAAGGUCGGCUUCAUGACAUUUGAUCGCGAAAUCCAUUUCUACAACGUCUCAGCCGGUGUUUCAGCACCGCAGCAGAUGGUUAUGCCCGACCUGGACGAGCCCUUUGCCCCAAUCUCCAAUGAGCACCUUUUCGUCGAUGCCGCGGAAAGUAAAGCCAACAUCACCACACUACUCCGCCAACUUCCGUCAAUGUUUGAAAAGAUCAGACACGCCGAACCAGCCUUGCUCCCAUCGCUCACUGCUGCCCUGUCAGCUCUCAGCGAGACCGGCGGUAAGAUUAUGUGUAGUCUUGCCAGCCUACCAACUUUUGGUCCAGGCCGCCUCAGUGUUCGCGACAAAGGCGUCAACUCUGCUGGUGUCGAUACUCCUGAACAGGAGAAGACUCUGCUCAAGACUGAGAAUGUGAGUUUCAAGAAGGUGCAGUCUGAUAUGAUAAAAGCAGGUGUUGGUGUUGACUUUUUCCUCACGUCUCCUGCUGGAGGCUAUCUUGACAUUGCCACCAUCGGUUUAAUCGCGGAAAAGACCGGCGGUGAGACGUUCUACUUCCCCAACUGGUCUUAUCCACGAGACACUCUCAGACUCGAAAAGGAGAUUAGCCAUACAGUGCAGCGUGAACAAGGAUUUGCCGCAUUGAUGAAGGUAAGAUGCAGCAACGGCCUGCAAAUUGCACAUUACAGCGGCAACUUCACGCAGCACACAUUUGGUGCGGAUCUGGAGCUGGGCUCGAUCACACAAGAUAGCUCCAUGGCCAUCACUUUCAGCUACGAUGGCAAGCUGGAGGUUCGCAAUGACGCACACYUCCAGUCUGCUCUCCUCUAUACCACAGCCUCCGGCCAGCGCAGGGUGAGAUGUACAAACAUGGUUGCGACGGUAACCGAGAAUGCUCGAGAAAGCAUGCGGUUCGUCGAUCAGGAUGCCGUCCUUGCGGUCCUCGCCAAAGAGUCCGCGUCGAGGGUUCCAGACAAGUCAUUGCAAGAAGUACGUCAAGCACUCCAGGACAAAGCGACAGACAUCCUGGCUGGCUACCGCAAGCAUCACUCCGGCUCGCAUCCGCCCGGGCAGCUUGUCAUGCCCGAGAACCUCAAAGAGUUUGCAAUGUAUGUGCUCGGUCUUGUCAAGUCACGCGCUCUGAAAGGUGGCAAAGAGCCUAGCGAUCGUCGGAUACAAGAGCUGCGCCAGCUUAAAGGCAUGUCUCCUGGUGAGCUCAGUUUAUACCUCUACCCUCGAAUUCUGGCCCUACACAACCUCGACCCGAGCGAAGGCUUUGCCGACGAGAAUGGCCACCUCAAAAUGCCACAAGCAGUCCGUGCAAGUUUUGCCAGUAUUGAGGAGGGUGCUGCAUUUCUUGUCGAUAAUGGACAAAUGCUCAUCCUUUGGCUGCACGCUCAGGUCAGUCCUAAUCUCCUCGAGGAUAUGUUUGGCCCAGGCUUCGACUCAUUAGAUAAACUGGACCCGAAUCUGAAUUCACUUCCCGUGCUGGAGACACAUCUGAAUGCCCAGGUCAGGAAUAUCAUGCUCGCGCUUGAAAGUGGCGCUGGAAUGGGUCGUGGUUCGAAGGGUUUGGCGAUACAGCUUGCAAGGCAAGGCUUGGACGGAGCAGAAUUUGAGUUUGCACGACUUCUGUACGAGGACCGCAAUGGAGAGGCGAGCAGUUAUGUUGACUGGUUGGUUUUAUUGCAUCGCGGCGUGGGAAGCGAGUUGAGCGGGCAACGUUCGAAAGGAGGCGGCGAAAGCAAGGGAAUAGGCGAGACCAUUUCUAAUCUCGCGAGCAAUGUUCCUUCUUGGAGUUGA